AUGGCGUCUGCAUCCACAAGCGGGAAUCGCCGCGCAGCCAAUACCGACCCACGAGCCAAUGACGGGGCCCCAACAAGGCCAGCGAAAAGGAAUAGGAUCAUAAUUGCAUGCACAAGCUGCAGACAGCGCAAAUCACGUUGUGAUGGACUACGGCCAAGGUGCUCCACUUGCAGAGACUACGGCCUUGACUGUGUAUAUUCCAAUACCAGCACUCUGACCAAAAAUUCCGCCUCCAAAGAACUCAUUGACGCCCUCCAGGCUCGUCUCGCAUGCCUCGAGAGUGGUUUUACAGGAUUAUCUACCAGAGUGAGCAAGAUUGAAGAUUUGCAAAGCGAAAAGGCUACACAUGUAGCCCAUUCGUCUAUACUCCUCAGCAAUGCUCCGCCUCAGCAGCCAGAAGGCAGUGCGGGCAAUAUACCCGAGCUAGAAGAUCCGGCUGAUGGAAUGGGCUCAAUGGUUUUCACAGAGGAACAGAACUCUGGAUAUUUUGGUCCCUCUUCCAAUAUCGCAUUCACACGCCGCAUUGUUCGAUCAACAACCACCAUUCUGAAGAAUGCAGCCUCUGCUGGUACUCCGAUAUCUCCAGAGGACUAUAUUAUUACAAGCCACGCUCUGCGUAUAUCUCGGCCCACGUCACCGAUAGCUGUGCAUGCUUACAAUUCUGGCGCUGUCUCAAUUGGCACUGAACCAUUUAUACUGCCACCUCAGGGAGAGACUCUUCAUCUCAUAGAGCUUUACUUCAGUGCGACUGGCAUUCUUUUCCCGUACAUUGAUAAAGAAAGCUUUCUGCAGACUUACCAGCAGCUCUCUUUGAUGGACAUCGUCUCUGUGCGGAGAUCAUGGCUUGGUCUGCUCAACGUAGUGCUUGCAAUGGCAACAACCGCCAAUACGGGUCACGACACAACGCUUUCUGCACAGGAGCGUGCAUCCAAGUCGGAUGUCUUCUUUCGUCGCGCUUGGAUGCUUUGUGAUCGACAGAUACGGCACGGCGCCAGUCUCGAAAUUGUGCAACUUCUGCUGCUGAUGAGCCAGUACCUUCAAGGUUCUGAGCGUUCGAUCGAGACGUGGAAUAUCCAUGGCCUUGCUGUGAAAGCGGCUUAUCAAUUAGGCUUACACUCUUCUGACGCUCUCCGACAAUACCCGCCUCUGGAGCGCGAGUUUCGCAAACGAACUUGGUAUGGAUGUGUCAUGCUUGAUAGAACACUGAGUAUGACCAUGGGACGACCCGUGUCUAUCCCAGAGCAGUAUGUCAAAAUAGAACUGCCCCAACCGCUUGCCGAAUCGCCAUCGGAGGACGAAGUCAGCGUACAGCUGUUCACGGCGACAAUAACUCUUUAUCGGAUCAUGACUGAUAUCUUCGAUGUCCUAUAUGGCAGCAAUCUAGGGUGUGUGGAUCAUGUGGACAUUUUCGAAAAUGCAUCCUAUCUCCUGAAAUGCGAGCAAAGAUUCUUUGUGUGGCAGCGCGACUUGCCAAGGUCAAUAUCUUUGAUUGGAUCAAAUGAACUGGAAUACGAGCCGAACGAGUUUACAAUUACGCGAUUACGCGUCAUCUUGACUUUAAGAUUCCUCAACCUCCGCAUACUUGCUCACAGGCCACUCUUGUGCAUGUACCUUGAGAGUUUGGGUGCGUCACAAGUAGAUCCGUUGCAGCUAGCUACCUUGCGGCAGGUUAGUGCCAAUAGUGUCCAGCUUUGUGUCCAAUCUGCAACCAUGAUCGUCAACAUCACCAGUUGGGCCUUGAAACAUAGCAGUCCCCCUCGCUAUCUGCUUGGUGCGUGGUGGUUUUCUCUUUAUUACACCUUCAAUGCGUCGCUUGUAUUAUAUUCUGCUCUACUCAUCCAGCACCAGACAAAAACGUGCAAUCUGCCGUUGGGAAUGGAAGAGCUGAAUGUUUCCAUGGAAUCCCUUCGACAGGCAACUGAAUGCCUUUCCAUGAUAUUUCGCGGGAACAGGAUGGCAGAAAAGUGUGUGCGGUAUGUCUCUGCACUGUCGAACUGGCUGUCGGUGAUAUAUAUGACAGACAGAAACUCUGGGUUUGACACCUCUGGACUGCCUGAUGACCUAUUCGAAAGGUUCAGCACACAUGGGUAUUCCGACAGUGCACGGUCCCACGAUAACCUACAUUUCUUCGACUCUACUGACGCACACCUGGGGCUUGGCUCAAAUGAACUCUUAAACCCGGCUGAUUCCACUUUCAUGAGCAGAUACACAGGCUCACAUUUGACAUGA